AUGUCGGAUAUUGCAGACAAACUCUUGUCUGCUGUCAUGGUAGUUGCACCCACCAUUGGUUAUUUCGAUCAGUACCGCAUCAUUUAUAAAAGCAAGACGAGUUUAGGAUUCAAUUCUGUCACUUGUGCCAUCUUGUGUUUUGCAAAGCUAGGCAAGCGAUUUGACAUCACCUUGUUAUUCCAGUCGAUUGCGAUGCUUGUAUCUAUGCUUGUGUUAUUGGAGAUUGUGAUUCGAUACAAGCCCAAGGACAUUGCAUUUGAAACCUUAAUCGAUAAUGAUGAUGAUGAUAGUGAGAGUGAUCAUCAUAUUGCAUUCCAGAGAGUAGAAAAGAGAUGGUACGAACGUACGUUCUGGGGAUGGGAUAAUUACUUGGACUAUGUGAAUUGUUUGUUGAUGUUUACGAGUGUGAUUGGCGUAUUGUACAUCUUUUUGCAUCCGUAUUCGAUGUUUAUUGAAGCACUUGGAUUCUUGAGUUUAGGAUUGGAAAGUACGUUACCUGUGCCUCAAUUAUUAACAAAUUUUAAACAUCGUAACACGGAUGGCUUUAGUUUAUUGAUCCUGGCUAGCUGGUUCUUAGGGGAUGGAUUCAAGGCAUUUUAUUUCUUUUAUAAUCACUCACCCAUCCAGUUUGUUGCUUGUGCUUUGAUUCAGUUGAGCUUUGAUACGAUUAUUGUAUUCCAGUUAAUUCUCUUUUCACCCAGAGUUAAAAAGUGGUUGGGUAUUGAGUCUCCCAUUGCUUUACCCACAGAAGAAGAAGAAGAGGCAUAA